UUUUUUUUUUUUAAUUUAACAAACAUCAUGGAUAAUCAAGAAGAUGCCGAUGAAGGAAAGAUCGUGUAUGAUUGGAGUCCUCCCAGUGGAAAGAAACAAAACUUUUACUACAAGGGUGCUCGCAUCGACAGAGAGCAUGUCAACAAGAUGUUUGACUCGUCUAAAAUAAGAGAAUGUAAAGGUCAUAAAGAAAAAGUUCAUACUGUAGCUUGGAACUGUGACGGUAGAAAGCUGGCCUCUGGUUCCGUCGAUAAAACUGCGCGUGUAUGGUCUCCCCACCGAGGCACAGAUAUUAGAUAUUCCAUUGAAUUAAAGGGACAUACAGACAGCGUAGAUCAAUUAGACUGGGAUCCAACACAUCCGGAUCGAUUAGCUACAGCCUCGUGUGAUAAAACCGUGCGUUUAUGGGACCAACGAUCUGGUAAAUGCACAGCUGUUGUGGCCACAGAUGGUGAAAACAUCAAUAUCUGCUGGAGUCCCGAUGGCACCAACAUUGCGGUAGGAGAUAAAAACGACACGAUCAGCAUUAUCGAUACACGCACGCAUAAAAUCAUUGAUAAACGCAAGCACCAGUUCGAAGUCAAUGAAAUUGCUUGGAAUAACGCCAACAACCAAUUCUUUGUCACUACAGGUCAAGGCACCAUCCUCGUCUACGAUUAUCCUUCCUUUGAUUUACGUGCUAAUUUACGUGGACAUACCGCCAAUUGUUACUGUGUAGAAGCAGAUCCCACCAGCAAUUAUUUAGCAGUAGGUUCGGCUGAUGCCUUGGUGACUUUGUGGGAUACCAAGACUUUUCAAUGCGUGCGUGCCUUUGAGGAGCUUACAUGGCCAGUGCGUACACUUGGAUUUAGUUUUGAUGGUCAAUAUAUCGCAUCUGCUUCUGAAGAUCAUUUUGUUGACGUGUCGCAUGUGGAAAGUGGAGAAUCAGUGCAUCACAUUGAGUGUACUGCUGCCAUGAACACGGUUGCUUGGUCACCUCGUGAUUACUAUUUAGCCUAUGCUGGUGAUGAAACCGCCGAUGGUAAAUAUGCAGGCAACCUCAAGAUCUUUAGCAUGAAGGAUCCUAGAGAACAAAAAUAAAAAAAUAAAAAAUUGUACACAU